AUGGCAUUCCCGUUUCUGCGAGCAUUCAUCGCACUCUUUGUCUAUCGCUACACCCGCCUCGUGCUGAACCUCUUCUCCUUUUGGACAUUCAAACCAAUUCCACCUCCAGAAAACCCCAAAUUGACAUCCCAAGACGUUACCGUGAUUAUCCCAUCGUUAGAUGGCUGUGGUGAUGAACUGGUGGAGACGAUACGGACAAUUCUCGACAAUAAACCCUUCGAAUUGCUCCUGGUGACCAUCGAGGCCAAUCGCAAGAAGGCCGAACAAAUGUUAAGUGCGAUGCCAGCAUUUAAGUCCCGAAUCCGUCUCUUCACAGUCAUGCACCCCAAUAAGCGUCGUCAAAUGACCCGAGCUAUUCCCGAGGUCCGAACCGCCAUCACGCUUCUAGCCGAUGACGACGUGAGUUGGCCUCGGACUCUCCUCCCUUGGAUUCUGGCCCCCUUCGAAAAGGACGAGAAAUAUGGCGGUGUAGUCACCUGCCAGCGACUGCGUCGUGCCGUUGAACUGUCCCUCUCACAGCGACUCUGGGGCUUCCUUGGUGCACUGUACCUGGAACGUCGCAACUUCGACUGCGGCGCAACGACCCAUAUCGACGGUGGACUUCCCUGCAUGUCGGGACGGACGGUUGCGUAUCGCACGCGAAUUCUACAGGACGAGGGCUUCACGUACGCUUUCACCAAUGAGGAAUGGUGGUUUAGGAAGUACCAACUUAACGCCGACGAUGAUAACUUUAUCACUCGCUGGAUGGUUUCGCAUGGUUGGGAAACUUAUAUGCAGUACCACCCGGAGGCGGAGGUACUGACUACUUUGGAGGAUAACCCUCGGUUCUUGAAGCAAUGCGCCCGCUGGUCGAGAAGCAAUUGGCGGAGUAAUCUGACUUCCAUGUUUCACGAGAAGCACAUUUGGUAUCGUCAGCCUUGGAGUGCCUAUGCGGUUCAUUUGACCACCUUGUCACCACCGGCUCUGCUGGGUGACUUGCUACUUGUUUGGUUGUGCCACAAGGCUACUGGAUCGUGGGGAGAAUCUCUACAUGAUCAUUCCAUGACUGCCCUUUACAUUUGGAUCUUUACCAGCAAGUGGAUUAAGCUGUUGGGACAUUAUCUUCGAUAUCCCGUGGAUGUACUGUUGCUGCCAGUAUCGAUUCUAUUUGGAUAUUUCCACGGGGCAAUUAAGAUGUAUGCCGUUAUGACAUUGAAUGUGACCACAUGGGGUAGCCGUGACGGCGCUGACGAUUAUGACGCCGAGCGUAUGAAGAAGCGAACGGAUGCUGAUCGAAUGAAGCAACCGUAUUACCCCCAAUAUCUCAUUAAAUGA